AUGGAAAUAGGUAAUAAUUUAAGGCUUACAUGUAAAGGGCUUCUUAGAGAAUCACUUUCAAAAAAGAAGAACAUUCCAUCUUUAGUAAAUAUUUGUGUGAACAAACUAAGAACAAUAAGAAACACUAUUACGUGUUUGGAAGAAAAGAAUAUAUCGAAAAACUUGAUUUAUUUAAUAUUUAAAGGUUCUACUUGCCAUGAACUUCUUGCUGCAGAAAAGAAUAACUCAGGAAUACAUAAUAUGUUUGGUAGUGAUACUGGCCAAAUUUGGGAUGCACUUUGGGAAACUGCAGUUAAAGUAAGAUAUAGUAAUAAUGAACAUAUUCUAAGUAAAAAAGAAAAUAAUGAGAAUUAUAGAGAAUUCUUUAUUAGAAAUCAAGAAGAUGCAGAGAAAAAGUUUAAAACUCAUAUAUUGAAGAGAUCAAAAUCUAUUGGUGUAUCAAAAGUAAAAAGAACUCCUAAUAUUGAAUCCAAUAAGGGAAAUAGAAGAACUUUAUCACUUCAUAAUGGUUCAAAUUCUGGAAAAAACAGUACUUCUUCAAAACGAAGCAUUAAUAUUUUAGAAAAUACUCCAAUAUUUGACCUGCAUAAUCCAUUAUUUAAACCGAGAAAUUCCAAGACUACAGCUUUGAAUAACAGAUCAAAUAAAUCUAGCAAUCCAAUAUUAAGAGAAUACUUUGAACAAAAAUCGAAAUAUAAAAGUAUAAAUAGACUCUCCUCUUCAGUAAACUCGAGAAUAUCUUCACUUUCUUCUUCAUCUGCUAAUACUACCACUACAAGUGUUAAGUUUAAUAGAAAACCUGAAGUUACUUUUAAAUUAGAUUGA